AUGGCUCACAGGGCUUUAUUUCAGGUUGUUUUUACCGGUGCUCAAGUCUUCGGGAGAGCCUUUACAGAGGCCUAUAAGCAAGCUGCAACUCAGGCUGGAAAAUCCGGUGCUAACGCUGCUAAAGCAGGUACUGCCAAAGCUGAAUAUGGUGGGAUCACACUUGAUGAAAGCUGCAAGAUUUUAAAUAUUGAGAAUGAGGCGGACUGCGAGAGCGCUGACAAAAUCGAGGAACGAUUCAAGUACCUGUUCGACGUUAACGACAAGGAGAAGGGCGGAAGUUUUUACUUGCAAAGUAAGAUAUACCGGGCAGCGGAAAGGCUGAAAUACGAGAUUGCGGAAAAAGAGAAACUUAACGGCACGGGACAGACGAGACAGACGGAAAACAAAUCUGAGAAGCCGUCGCCAACUCCGUGA